AUGGACGCCUCGUACAAAAAGCGACACAGAACGCCAGCGUCGUGUCUGAUGUGUCGAAAACGAAAGUCCAAGUGUGACAGAGCUCAUCCGGUAUGUGGAACAUGCAAACGGAAGCUGAUUGCUCAUCUUUGCUUGUAUGAGGACGAAACCGGAGCUGUGCCACAAAACCUGGCUACGACAUAUUUACCAAUACGCCCACACCCCGAAGUGAUCGUCCCCGAACCAGGCCUACCGAUGCACCCCGUGGCAUAUCCCCAGCAGGCUUUGAAAAUCAAUAGCGCUUAUCCUGCGGGCUUCCCGCCUCAGCUAGAGCAAUACGGCUCGGGAAUACCUGCAACACAGCUACAUAUCCCCACCACAUGGGUCUCUGCAGGUCCACCACCUACAUACUCAUAUGCUUACCACCUGCCACAGGUAUGGCAAGAUCGACCCGAUCUGCGGAAGCUGAAAGCACACGCUUUUCAUUAUUAUCAACCCCGAGGGUCAGCCUCCUCUUCAUCUGUCGACCAGAGAAGCCCCGCACUGUUGACCAAUGCCACAAAUAAACUGAUUCUGCCUUCAUUAUCCCUGCGACCACUGCUAGAAGCUGAUGAGGUACCUCCUCAGACGUCUAAUAUAGUUUCAUAUCAUAACAUAAGGCAGAAGCGACAUAUUAUUGCGACAGGUCCUCAGCUUGCCUUGUCAGGCCCGCAUAUCAUCGAUCCACAAUCUCCGGCGUCAGGCCCAAAAAUCCAGGACCACGAAACUACACCAUUAGAGUCACAACAAUACCCACCUUCAAUUACUUUCCCCUCGUCUCAUAAACGAAAAUAUUCAGAAUGCGAACAAAACACGACCAUAAAUGAUGAACAAAAAGGAUAUGGUGAACAAAAGGAAUAUGUAUCGAUAUCUUUCGGGAAUAAUGUACUAGAUAUCUGUGUCGAUGAUGAGUUGACGUUUUUUGUCUGCGCUUCAAACUCAUUAUUGGUUGAAGGGCCGUACUGGCAACAACAAGGGUUAUUAUCUUACGUGGGACUUACAAAGCUCGAUCCUUACAUCAAAUUGGUUCGUUCUUUUACGAUAAAUCUUUUCCAGAGUGAGCAAUUCUCAAAGUAUACAAAGAAAAAGAGGAAAAAGAAAUCGAUGUCCAAAAGCUCUAGUUCGGCUAACGAGGAAAAUGUUUUGGAAACGGAGCAAACCUCCCCCUAUAGUGGGAAUGAGUCUGAAAUAGGCGAGAUUGUUAAUGAAGAUGCUCUCAUUGUGACCAAAAUCCACGUCCAAAAGGAAAGGCCGGGGCAAUCAAGUCCUACUUUUCCAGUAGCAUACCUCACCGGGGCCCAGGCUCUAUUAUCCGCUAAUUCUACCAAUGAAGAUAUAUACAAGUUUGCCGCAUCAAGUAUUGAACAGAUUCUACCCCGAACUCGUGGUAUAAACAAAGCACUCAAGAGGUUUUUCAAAUAUGUGCACCCGUUUGUCCCUAUUUUUGAUGAGGAUACUGUUACCUCUGAAUUGAAAAAAAUCAUUUGUAAGAAAACUGAUUCCGCAGAUAGCCAAUAUAGUACUGUGCAAAUAACGAACGAUGUUGAAUUGUGCAUUGCUGGCAAAUUAAUUUUGAUGAUCAGGCUCGGCUACAUGUCAUUAAUUCCCAAUUUUGACCGAAAAGCAGAUUAUAGUAAAGAUGAAAAAGCUUUGAUCAAAGAUGUUACACGAUUUAAAUCCGAUGAUUACAUGAGAGUCGUUAACCUUUGCAUUCCUGAAGAGAGAGUUCAAUCAAGGUCGACUUUCCACUACGUUCAAGCAUUGACUUUAUUACAUUACUAUAGAUCUGUUGCACCAAAUGACUGCUUCGGUUUGAGUGGAAGUGACUCGACAUUAUUGUUUGGCUCUAUAGUCACUCAUGCUUUAUCAAUCGGCUUGAAUAGAGACCCUACUCAAUUACAUUCAAUUGGGGUAAUUUCUAAAGAACCGAGUUUUGUCAACUCAUGGAGAUCGCUCUGGUAUUAUAUUUGUACCAUGGAUGCUAUGCUAGCCAUAUACUGUGGAAUGUCACUCAAAUUGAGUAAUUUAGAUGCCAGUGAUGUUGAAAAACCUGAAACCGACAGCUUGUAUAUCAGUGGCGUUAAAUUUUUUGAGAAGCAAGCGGAAGUUUAUCAGUGUUACCGCAAUUUUAUUAACAUAAUAACGAACAUCAGGAAAAAGCCGAAAAUCUACAACCUUUUGAAAGAAACGAGCCAAAUGGAGACAUUGUUUCUUGAAAUGUUUGGGAAUAACUUCUUUCGUGAGAAUGUCUGCAAGCCUUCGCCCUUAUAUGAUUUAUCUAACGAGGAUGAAGAGACACGACGUCGUAAGUCGUACAUGAAGGUAAUCGAAUUUAUAAGUUUUAUUCAGCUUCGAGCAAACUUGUCCUGUUCAUAUUACUUGAUCACACUUCAUUAUGAGUCUAAACUAGACGAGGACAAAGAUGCUGAUAUAAGUGCUGGAAUCGAACUUUUCAAGACAUUUAUCCGAAGUGUGGUCCAGCUAGUCUACAUCAUGACAUAUGCUUUGGAUAACUCUCAAGAAUUAUUUGGGAGCUGUUAUGAUUUUAUGCUCACUUCUCAACUCGAACGCUGUAUGGUCAAGACACAUGCAUUCCUUACAUCUUUUUUCAUUCGGCUUGUCAAUUAUAAAAAGACUCUUUUAAUGCAAGAAUUGAGUACCAAUGAGACGGGAUCAAUACCAGAUGGAGCAGCAGUUGAAGCUUUGCAUACUAGACGUGAAGCCGUUGACGCUUUAUUCACUAUUGUAGUGAUUGAGGCUGAACUUUUUGUUGGCAAUUUCCGAAGUUUGAGUACCACAUACAUCAACUCGUACAAGCUUUACGUGAUGGCGUAUUUUGUUUUGAGGCAGUGUAUGGAAAAUCCCGAGAACCUCUUUUCGGGUUCCGUGAACAGCAAACAGUUCUUCCACGAAGGAGCUAAUUUGAUUCACUUUCUUUCAACAGCAGAACUUCGAAGCUUGUGUAAAUUAUGUGAAGAGUUCAAAAUAGCUAAGGUGGAGCUGAUGCGACGGCUGAAGGGUCAUUUCAACACAUUGAAGGCAACAACUAAAGAAGAGAAAUCAGAAAUAGAAGAUGCGAGUUUUACUAAGCAUUUCACACAUCCGACAAAGGACUGCGGUUUCGAAGGUGGCUUGGACUUUGAUGCAACUACGGCGAACAGGGCAAUGUAUGCCAACAAAAAUACUAUCAAUACCUAUGGUGUCUUACAGGAGAAGCACAUGCAUAGUGAACACGAGGAGGAUGUGUUUGAUGAGCAGUCAAUGAUUGGCAAUGAGGAGCUUUUGAAGCUUUUCGCCAUGUACGGUGAUUUUGAGGCUGCCAUGUCAUAG